UGUUAGGCGUUAACACUGUUCUAGCUAGAUUAUUGUUAAAACAGGUGAGAGUAAAAAAGACAAGGAUAACAGCUGACAAGUUAAUUGCAGAGGAGUGGAGCACACAUGGAUGGAAAAUGAGGAGUUAAUGUACAGAACAGUCAGCAAAUGGAUAAUGAGAAGGGAGACUGUCUGGAAAGGGUGGAGAUUUCCUUGUUUGUCAAGCACACACACUCACACUUUACACUGCACUGUGACACAGUUCCUUACUUAUUGCACCAUCUCACGCACUCCUACUGUACGUAAAGCUAUCUUCUACACCCUCGCUAGCAAGGAGCGUACCGUACCCUUCCAUCUCGCACCUUUGCUCACUGUUAUCACAUACUUGCACUCAUCCAUACUUCUCCACAUGUUGCACAAUCUGAUUCGUUGAUGUAUUGUUGAGACGUACACUACAGCAACUGAUUCAGCUACCAUGUUUCCUAAUUUUAACCAGUGAAGGGCAUCUUAUGAAUUGGACAUGAACCUUUGGCGUUCCCUGACAAGCCUUUUUUCACAAUGACACCUAUCAAUCAUCAUUUAUCGCCUCUCAUGAGCAGACCUAGGGUGACUGCAUCGGAUCGACUGGAGGCAGAUAAGGCCAAGUAUGUGAAAUCUCCGCAGGUGAUACAUCGCAGGCAAAACCCAGCCAUCGGUACCCUCUUAAGUCCUGUUUUAGCAAGGAAACAGAGCCCAUCAUUUUACAGUGCUAGUUCACCAACUGAAUCCAGCUCAACAACGGAGUAUGAUUUUACAAGCCAAUUUAGCUCUGCAAAACAAGGGCUAUCAUCACAGAAAAAUGACUUUAAUGACUGUCUACAUCAUGCAGCGGAAAAAUCAGGUCCUCGGUCACCAGUAUAUACAUUUCACCCAGCAACCAUCUUCUCCCAGUCUAAUAACCUCUCUCCCUGCCUAAGAAAGGAAGAAAAUCACACUGAAGCAUACAAAGAUAACACACUUAGUCUCAGCAGGAAACAAGCCAUAUCCCACGGUUUCCUCACAUCAAACCAAGGAAAUGACCCACAGCCUCCCCCCAACUGCUCAACAGUCAGUCCCCUCUGUCGGAAACGAUUCAGCGGCAGAAGGUUGAACCGACCGGAUUCUCUCAUUAUGUAUAGACAAAAGCGUGAAGGGGCAUCAGCCAGCAAGGAAAACGAUAACGUGGAAGCUGGCCUUGUGAUUCGAUUUCUUCAAGGGACCCCUCUAUUAAGAAGAAGCACACGAUUUUCACAGAAGACACCUCAACCAUGUACAGGGAAUGUGCCGGUUUCACCUCAGAUACAAAGAAGUAGAGAGGAACCUGUGGUAUGCCAGACCAACUACACCAGGGUCUCUGAGGUACAGGAAGUUACAGUCAAUGACAAACUGACUUUUGGCGAUGCCCAAAAAUUCUUUGAGAGCUGUGGGCUUGAGGGCAGUUUGUUAAACUUGCUUGAUAUGUACCAAAAGGGAGACGAGCACACACCGUUUGGCAGCAUGGAAUCCAUGGAUAGAGUGAGCUGUGGGUUUGCUGCUGUUGAAGAAGAUAAAGAAAGAACCCAAGUAUCUGUAAUUGAGAGGAAUGCCCGUGUUAUAAAAUGGAUCUAUGGUUGUCAUCGAGCGCGGACCAAUGGGAGCCAUGAACAUAAACAAACACCAAGGGAAUCUACAGUAUGACAUGUAAUCUAUAAAGACACAAUUUUUUUUUUUUUGCAUACCUUUUUGUCAGAUACUGGGAAAGCACUAUUAAAAUAUUUUUUUUUAAUUCUCCAAAA